GCAUGCGACACGCGACAAUACUGUGUUCACAGAGGUCAAAGGAGACUCAACAUCCAGUACUAACGCCUGCUGCAGCGGAGUUCAGAUAGGCUCUGCUAAAAGUGUUUCUCAGACGGGAUGUUCUGGUUGAGAGACUUGCUGUUCUUUCAACCGUUGACUGAAAUGGUCUGACAUUUAAAAUCCUGAUGUACGACGCUUCAUCAACGGAAUGCGUUCAUUUAAAAGAAAGCUGGUUACAAACAUAUACCGAAGAACAGACCAACCGACAGAGAAGCAACUUUGUCACAAAGAAAGAAAAAUAUUUGCCUACGCAUCACGAUGAGUCCGUCUGGAACUAUGUCUUGGCAGCGUUCUGUCUUCGGAUGUUGUAAACGGACACGAAGACUGCGCAGAGUGCGUUUGUUUGUAGGAAUAACGACUCUGGUGAUUUCUGGACUGUUCAUUAUUGCUAGCUGUGUAAGACUGAGGUCACUGUCGUCAGUGUUCACUGGGCAUGAAAAGUUGUCAGCAAGUUCUACUACAACAUGUGAUGUCGGCAGAGGCGCUUCUCCACAGAAAAAUCCUUUCACAUUUUUACCAAGGUUCCGUAAUCCCUGCUGGUAUAAUUCUACUAUAAAUGGGCAACUGGAAUGUUUGCCGUUUUUCUACCUGGCAGGAUUCCCUAAGUGUGGAACUACUGAUGUCUUUGAAAGAAUCAGCGUUCAUAAGCAUGUGUUGAAACCUGGAUAUAAAGAACCUCACUGGAUUACCAGGCUGCGGUAUCAGGGUUAUAAUUUCAACAACUACACCAGGUUCUUUGCGUCUCCCAUUGAAAAUUUAAUCAAAUCCAACGCCAGCAUUUCCGGGGGUUACAACCCGUACAUUGUGGGUGACGGCAGUGCUUCCACUUUUUGGGACAACAAUAAAUGGCCACUCACCCCUGGCAAUGAAAACUGCAUGGAGCCUGGCAUAAUUAAUGCCGAUUAUAUUCGAUCUCUCAACCCCUCUGUCAAGGUUAUUAUCAUCGUCAGAAACCCUGCCAUCAGAGUCUUUUCAGACUACGUGUAUUUCCAAGUCCCUAAUACCUCGACUCCACGACCUGAAGAUUUCCACGAAAAGAUAGUCAAGCAAAUCGUGCUUCUGAGGACCUGCUUCAAAACUCACUCACUACGGCACUGUGUUUACAAUGAAUCUCUGAACACAGUUGCAAGAGUAAACAUUGGGAUUUACUACAUUUAUCUUGAAGACUGGUACCAGCGCUUUCCACGUGACCAGAUUCACGUUUUGCGAUUGGAGGAUUUACGUGACAACGUCACAUUGCAGAUGAGGAGGAUAUUUCAAUUCUUGGGUCUGGAAAUGCCCGACACUAAAACGAUGGAUUUGAUCAAGGGAAUGGCAGUCAGCAACAAGGGGAAGUCAGCUGCUAUGUUGAACAAGACGAAGCUUAUUCUUGACAACUUCUAUCGGCCAUACAAUCGCCGUCUUGCACAGAUCAUGAAAGAGAAGCGAUACUCAUGGGACAGCGUAUGAAAAAUAAAUAGGAACUUUUUAAUAAAGAAAAAUAUUUCAAACGGAAACAGAUUUGUGAGGAAAAGAAGAGAGGAAGGAUGGCGCUACUACUCCCUGACUGUAGAAAACGUUUCGUUUUUAGGAAGAAGAGCAGAAACUUUGGUUGUGGUCCAUUAUUAAAGAGAGCAUUGGCAUUCCAUCUUGACUUUUCCGCAGA